AUUAUCCCCAGCAACAAUAUCGCUCCCACAAUGAGAGCACCUAACCAACAUGUACACCAUCUGAUAACUGCCGCUCUCCUACAACUGUAAACUCUGUAUUUCGUUCUGAAAAAUUAAUCCUCGUCCGAUCCUCUUCAUACCACCACCGAUGGGCAUCAAAGAGUUCGUGAUCACAUUCAUCCUCACCUCCCUCCUCCUCUCCCUCCUCCUGAUCCCAUCCCUCCUCCUCACCAAACCAACACCCUCCCCUUCCUCCUCCCUCCCUCCUCGCCUCCGCGUCGGACCCCCCGCCUCCUUCGCCUACCUCAUCGCGACGCCGACAGCCUCCUCCGGAACCCUCUCGCCCCUCUACCACCCUGCAAACACUACCUGCCUCACCUGGACCUCGCAGGCUUCACCUCGGGAGCACGCCCGCCUCCGCAGGCUCGUCUCCGGCCACCCGGUCUUCUCCCGGUCGUCCGUCGUCCGGAAGCCCAACUUGGUCACCUACAGAGGACCAACAAUGCUUGCGACCACUCUCCACGCCAUGGCGAUCUUGCUGAGGAGCUCAGAGUGGGAUUGGUUCAUCAACUUGAGCGCCUCCGACUACCCUUUGAUCACCCAAGAUGAUCUGAUUGCUGCCUUCUCUCGUUUGCCUAGAAACCUCAACUUCAUACAGCAUACCAGCAACUUGGGGUGGAAAUUUAAUAAGAGGGCAAAGCCAAUCAUGAUAGACCCUGCUCUGUACAGUCUCAACAAAUCAGACCUCAUUUGGUCUACCAACCAGAGGAGCCUGCCCACUGCUUUUAAGCUUUUCACAGGCUCAGCAUGGACCGUACUCUCCAGAUCCUUUGCAGAGUACUGCAUCAUUGGCUACGACAAUCUCCCAAGAACCCUCCUCCUCUACUACACAAACUUCGUCUCGUCCCCUGAGGGCUACUUCCAGACCCUCAUCUGCAACUCCAAGGAGUUCAAGAACUCGACGGUCAACCACGACCUCCAUUACAUCGCAUGGGACAACCCCCCGAAGCAGCACCCCAAGCCUCUAACCGUCAAGGACUACAGGAGGCUGGUCCUCAGCAGCCUGCCGUUCGCGAGGAAGUUCAAGAAGAACGACGCGGUGCUCGAUAAAAUCGACAAGGAGAUGCUGAGGAGGAGGAAGAAUCAGUUCAGUUAUGGAGGGUGGUGUGCUGAUGGGAGAAUUUGUAAUGGCGGCGGGAAGAGGAAGGAGAAGAAAAUGGGGGGUCUGAGGCCUGGACCUGGCUCGAGGAGAUUGAAGUCGUUAUUGACAAAGUUGUUGUCGAGUAGAAAUUUUGGGAGAAGGCAGUGUAAAUGAAGUUUGUUUGAGGAAAAAAAAGAUUUUUUUUUGAAGCU